GCGCGCAUCAGUCGCCCGAUGACUGCGACCGCGUCAACGUCGUCAUGCACGAGCCAUGAAUUGAAGCCGCGUUCGCUCGUGUCGCGCGUCCUUUUGUGUUUUUUAUCUUUUUUUUUUAAUUUAUUCCCCGUGUCCGUACCUGUCGCUCGCGGAGCCGCAUUGGGGACUCCCCGGCGGAAGUGAAGAUCGGGAACAAGUCCCGCUCGCCGAUCUUGAUAAUUUCUAAUCAAAUACAAUCGCGUGCCGAGAAAGUGUGCGCGUGUGCCUGGUGACUCUUCACUCGUCCUCCACCUCUGACAGACGAGAAGAACGGUGAAAGAAAAAAGGAGAGCGAGAGCGAGAGAGCCAGACAGCAAGAAAGAGACAGAGAGAGAGAGAGAGGGAGAGACAACCGGCGUGCGAUGGCUGUGCGGCCUCGGCGCGUCGUCGACUCCUCCUCCGGUGGUGAACGCGCUUCCGGAAGUGUCGAGGACUCGACCGGGACCUCGUCCACCGUGCGAUGGACCGCCAGGACUGCGCUCAUCCUCGUCGUCUUCCUCGGCGCCGUCACCGACGUCACCGCCAUCAGAUCGGGCGAUGGCUGCGGGAACAACAUGUUCAGGUGCAACGACGGCAGAUGCAUACAGUCGAUCCUCGUGUGCGAUUAUCGCGGGGACUGCGACGACAAUAGCGAUGAGAUGCAGUCGUGUCCACCGCCUGAUUGCGACGUCGGCCAGAUCACGUGUGGCCAGUACAGUUUCAACAAGACAUACUGUAUACCUCCGCAUCAGCGAUGUGACAUGACCGUCGAUUGCGUCGAUGGCACCGACGAAGACGGCUGCACGUACAGGAAAUGCCAGCCGGACGACUUCAGAUGCGUCGGGACCACCCCGGAGCUCUGCAUACCCAAAGAGAAGAAGUGCGACGGUUAUUUGGACUGCCGGAACGGCAGGGACGAGGAGAGAUGCGAGAACAACAUGAAGCCGGCCUGCCGAUUGGAUCAAUUCAGGUGUAACACCACGCAACGCUGCGUCGAGCAAAACGUGAGGUGCGAUCACCGGGACGACUGCGGUGACAACAGCGACGAGGAUCACUGCAAUUUUCCGCCCUGCACCAGUGACCAGUUUCGAUGCGCCAAUGCACUCUGCAUCCCUAUAGCGUAUAAAUGCGACGGUUAUAAAGAUUGUCAGGAUGGAUCCGACGAGGAGUCUUGCACAAUGACAGUUUGUCCGGGAAACAAGUUUAUGUGCCCAAAGGGUGCGAAUGGAAAGCCAUUAUGUAUCAAUCGAUCCCAGCUGUGCGAUGAAAAGCAAGACUGCGAGGAUGGAGCGGAUGAGGGAGCAACAUGUUCGAUGAGCAUGUGUGAUUCUCUUGGCUGUCAACAUAAAUGUCAAGCGUCCCCCAUUGGAGGGACUUGUUAUUGUCCCGAGGGAAGAAUCCUCGCCAAUGAUUCGCGGACGUGCAUCGAUCGAGACGAAUGCUCCGAGUGGGGCUUCUGCGAGCAGCUGUGCGAGAACACGGAUGGUUCGUACAUAUGUCACUGCGCGUCCGGUUACAUUCUUCAUGGGCGCAACAAGUGUCGUGCCCAGAACAUCUCUGUCUUGGAGCUUCUUCUCGCUCAGGACCGCGCGGUGUGGCGUUUGAGCGCGACUGGCGAGGAUCGCAGGAUAAUCGCAAACACCACCGGCGCCAGUGGGAUAGACUACCUGUACUCGCGGAAUUUGCUCUUUUGGAGCGACACGAAGACGCGCAAGGUGCACUCGGAAUCCUUCUACGGCAACGGCGAGAUACCUAAGGUGGACAUUAGCAUGGCGGGCUCCUGGGGACCCGUGUCUAUCGCGGUAGAUUGGAUCGGCGAGAAACUCUACGUGGUGGAUUCCAUCGUGCAAAAGAUAGACGUGUUCGAGUUGAACGGACGUUAUCAUGGAAUCGUUGUGGGUUCCAAUCUUACCAGUCCGGCCGACAUCGCGCUGGAUCCCACGAGAGGCGUCAUGUUCAUCGCUGAUAGCAAACAAGUUCUUCGUACUAACAUGGACGGUACUAAUGCGUUUCCUGUCGUUUCCGAAGCGGCUUACAAGGUCUCCGGUGUGGCCGUGGAUAUCAUCGCCAAGAGGAUUUACUGGUGCGACUCUCUGCUGGAUUAUAUUGAGACGGCGGACUACAGAGGCCACAACAGGAUCAUGAUUCUCAGAGGUUUACAAGUGCCAUCCCCAAUCAGACUUACCCUCUUCGAGAACAGAAUAUUCUGGACGGACGGCACCAAGCAAGCCGUCAUGAGCGUCGAUAAAACUCAAGGAAAUUAUUCUAUCCAAAGUGUGUUUAAGGUACGCGACGCCAAAGCUAUAAAAGCCUUGCACCCGCUCUUACAACCUUACAGUGUUUCUAAUCCUUGCGGCAAUAACAACGGUGGUUGUCAGCAUAUGUGCAUCGUUACUGCCUCGAGCGAUCAAAGCAAUCGAUUAGGUUAUCGCUGUGCCUGCCACAUCGGAUGGCGAUUAGCAAGCGACAUGAGAAAUUGCAAUUUGGUGCAAGAGUUCCUCAUGUAUUCCCAGCAGAGAUUUAUUAAAGGCCGCGUUCUCAAUCCUGUAAUGGAAGGCUUUAGUGAUGCCAUCCUACCGGUGGUAUCCAGACGGGCACGAUUCGUUGGAUUGGACUAUGAUGCGUACGAUCAAUAUAUAUAUUAUAGCGAUGUCCUUCAGGAUGUCAUAUACAGGGUACACCAGAACGCAACUGGACGGGAAAUUGUUUUGGCUAGCCAAAACGAAGGAGUGGAAGGACUUGCGGUCGACUGGGCUGCGAAAAACUUAUAUUACAUUGAUUCGCGUAAAGGCACGCUAAAUGUACUCAGUACUCGAAACGUCACAUAUCGACGAACACUAUUGAAGAAUCUUAAGCGUCCUCGUGCGAUUGUGAUUCAUCCAAAUCACGGUUACAUCUUUUUCUCUGAGUGGGAUCGUCCGGCUAACAUUAGUCGAGCUCACGCCGAUGGCUCCAACUUAGUCGUUUUCAGGAAUCUGACCCUAGGUUGGCCGAACGGACUGGCAAUAGACUUUAAUAAAGAUCGAUUGUACUGGUGCGAUGCCCUCUUGGAUCACGUGCAGCACUCGAACUUGGACGGCACGGAUGUACGUACAGUGAAUUCCAGAUUGAUACGACAUCCGUUUUCCAUCGCGAUCCACGAGGACUGGAUGUACAUUACCGAUUGGCGUCUCGACGCUAUUAUCCGACUGCAUAAAGAGACCGGCGAGCAGGAGGCUAUCUUGGUACGCGAACCCGCUACCAACAGACUUUACGGUGUGAAAGUCUUCAGUCGAGAGAUUCAAAUAAUGAUGAUUAGUCAUCCUUGUACUAUUAAUAACGGUGGUUGCGAAAAGCUUUGUUUCGCUAUUCCGGAUAAUUCUUCACACUCUGACGGUAUCGUAUUUCCUGAUAUACAAUCCAUACCACCGAGGCUUAUUCAAGUAUGCGGAUGUCCUUACGGAGAACGUCUUCAGGACGAUGGCAGAAGUUGUGCCGCGGAUCCUGACGGGGAACCACCCUUACAGGCUUGUCCUCAUACUUGGGAUUUUACUUGCGCAAAUCAAAGAUGUGUUCCAAAGUCUUGGGUAUGCGACGGCGAAAAUGAUUGUUUAGAUAACAGCGAUGAAAUGCAAAACUGUACAAAACCGACAUGUAGCACAAACGAAUUUCAAUGUAAAUCCGGUCGUUGUGUACCAAUGACAUUCCAUUGUGAUACCGAAAAUGAUUGCGGCGAUUAUAGCGACGAAGUGGGCUGUCCUAAUGUUACUUGCAGCGCUAAUCAAUUCGCCUGUGCCAACAACCGUUGUAUCCCCGCGACUUGGAAGUGCGAUUCUGAAAACGACUGCGGCGACAGUUCCGACGAAGGCGAAUUCUGCGCGAUGAAGACUUGCUCGUACUUUCAAUUCACUUGUCCGCGUUCCGGUCAUUGUAUACCACAAUCUUGGGUGUGCGACGGCGAUAGUGAUUGCUUCGAUCAGCAGGACGAGAUGGACUGCCCACCAGUUACUUGUCUCAGUACGCAGUUCACAUGUGCAGAUCAAAAGAUGUGUGUUUUAGCGUCGUAUAAAUGUGACGGUAUUAGUGAUUGCAAUGAUGGAUCUGAUGAAGUGGGCUGUCCUUCACUAGCACCGGAUCAGUGCAAUGUCGAUAAGCAAUUCCGAUGUGUAAGUUCAGCAAUUUGUAUACCAAGGAGUUGGUACUGUGACGGUACUGCGGAUUGUCCAGAUAAAUCUGAUGAACCGGAGACAUGCGGAAAGGUGGAUUGCCAGACUGGAUUCUUUAGAUGCCGAAACGAGAGAUGCGUGUUCAAGGCAUAUAUUUGCGAUGGUAAGGACGACUGCGGAGAUGGUUCCGACGAGGACACUGAACUACAUGCAUGCGGUCCUCCUGCAUUCAAAUGUGAAUCCCAGCAGUGGAGCUGUCCAAACGUGACAAAUGUUUGUGUAAAUGUGAGCACCGUGUGCGAUGGCAAAUUGGAUUGCCCAAAUGGAGCAGAUGAAGGACCCGGUUGUGAUUUUGCCGAGUGCAAUCAUCAGAGUGGAUUAUGCAGUAACGGCUGCAUCCGAACUCCGCUCGGAGCGCAAUGUGUUUGUCCAGCUGGCGAGGAGCUCACCAGUGAUGGCUACACGUGUCAGGAUAUGAAUGAAUGCGAAACGCCGGGAAGAUGUUCGCAAAUUUGCGUCAACACCAAGGGUAGCUACUUUUGCAACUGCGUCGACGGUUACACGUUACAGAAAGAUAAGCACACGUGCAAGGCGUAUAAUCACACUACGGCGUUCCUGAUUAUCUCCAACAGACAUACUAUUUUGGUGGCUGAUCUUCAGGAGCAAGCAUUAGAACGAGUUCCUAUCAACGUGGAGAAUGUUGUAGCCACUGCCAGUAACAUGCAUACUGGUACCAUUUUCUGGUCUGACAUGAAAUUGAAACGAAUUUCGCGAUUGGAUCGCGGUAGCGAUCCUCAAGAUAUCAUCAGUACCGGUUUAGAUUUAGUGGAAGGUCUCGCCUAUGACUGGAUAGGUCAAAAUUUGUAUUGGUUGGAUUCAAAGCUAAAUACAAUUGAAGUAGCUAAAGAGACUGGAAUUGGAAGAAUGAUUCUCGUUAAGGAGAAUAUUACGCAACCGCGUGGAAUGUGUUUGGAUCCCAGUCCAGGUGCCAGAUGGCUCUUUUGGACCGACUGGGGUGAGAAUCCUAGAAUCGAAAGAAUCGGAAUGGAUGGCACUAAUCGAUCAACUAUCAUCAGCACGAAGAUUUAUUGGCCUAACGGUCUGGCUUUAGAUAUUGCAAAUCGUAGAAUAUAUUUUGCGGACAGCAAAUUAGACUUUAUUGAUACCUGUCUUUACGACGGCAGUAAGAGAAUCCAAGUUUUAGCUGGCUCACAUUAUUUAUUGCAUCCUCACUCGCUUACGCUCUUUGAGGAUACUAUGUAUUGGACUGAUAGGCAGCUCAAUCGAGUGCUUUCUGCGCAUAAAUUCAAAGGUGUUAAUCAGACGGUGGUUUCCCACUUAAUCUCACAACCGCUUUCCAUCCACGUACAUCAUCCAGUAUUACAGCCUAUCACUGUGAAUCCUUGCGCUAACGCAUCUUGUGAACAUCUGUGUCUUCUAUCGCCCAGUAAUCCAAUGGGUUACAAUUGCAAGUGUCAGAUUGGAUUCAAAUUAUUGCCCGAUGGACGAUGUUUGGAAGAAGAAACGCCAUACUUGAUGGUCCUCCGAGGCUCUCAGGUCGUCGAUGUUUCCUUGACACCCGGAGAAACUAAAACUGGAUAUAUUACACCUAUUGUUGGUGUGGAGGGCGGAAGAUUUAUUGAUUAUGACAGAAGUGCUCGUAAGAUUUAUUGGCUGCAAGGUAAAGACGACGACAGCGAAAAUGGUACAAUUUAUAGCAUCUCUUACAGAGGUGAAAAUCGAACGGAAUUUCCCAAUCCUUCCGGCAACACUGGUAUUGUCGGUUCGCCGUCCACCAUGGCGCUAGAUUGGCUUGGUCGCAAUAUGUUUAUCGGCAAUAAGUUUGCUUCCAACAUCGAGGCUAUCAAAUUGGACGACAAGGCGCGAUACCGCACGAUUGUUUUGGCGAAUGACGGCAGCCGAACAUCGGUAUCCAAGCCAAAAGCGAUGUGCGUGGACCCCAUUGACGGAGUAGUAUUUUGGGUAGACGAGGGAGGCUUCGGAGUACCGCAGAAAAUUGGACGAGUGAAUAUGGAUGGCAGUAAUCCAUUGAUCCUCAUAGAAAAAAAUUUGGAGCGUCCUGAAGCUCUCAUCAUCGAUCUUACUAGCAAAACACUAUACUUUUCCUCUCAAAAUCCAGCUUUCAUCAAAUCCAUGUCGACGGAUGGUCAGAACGUCCGCACUAUUCUUACUACCGCAAACAAUAUGGCAUUACCCAAGGCAUUAGCCGUCCACGAUUCUCGUCUCUAUUAUUUGGACCCGCAAUACGAGAAGAUCGAACGUGUCGAUCUACCUAACGGCGAUAAUCCGAUCACUAUCAUUGAUAACGAUUCUGAACUUCGCACCUUGACAAUUUAUAAGAAACGUGCCAUUGGACAUCAUCCUUGUCUUAACAACAACGGUGAUUGCGAUCAGCUCUGCUUGCCUGCGUCCGGAGGUACACGUGUCUGUGCUUGUGGAAUGGAUUAUAGAAAGGUCACCGAUACCAAAUGCGAGCCUUACAAGACAUUCGCGGUCGUAACUCAGUUGGAUGUCGCUAGAGGUUACAGUCUCAAAGACUCCAAAGAGGCCAUGAUACCCAUCGCUGGAGUUGGUCAUCAUAUUCUACACGUGGACGUACAUUACGCGGGCAAUUGGAUAUAUUGGGUGGAAUUUAAUCGAGGCAUUUGGAACGGCAUCUUUAGAAUACGACCCAACGGCACAGAGUUGCAGCAGAUAAUCAAACAAGGAAUUGGUUCCAAUGGAAUCCGCGGUCUAGCCGUAGAUUGGAUCGCAGGAAACUUAUAUUUCGCCAAUGUCUUUCCUCAUGAUAAUUAUGUAGAGGUCUGUAGGUUGGAUGGCUCCCAUCGAAAAGUUCUCGUGAAGACGACUACUGAUUCUCCUCGAGAGCUUGCCGUGAAUCCAAUCAAACGAUACCUGUAUUGGAUCGAUUAUGGACAAUAUCCUCGAAUAGGCAAGGCAUUCCUCGAUGGUAGCAACUGGUCUCCUAUCGUAACAUCCGGUAUAAGCACACCUCGUGAUCUGACGAUUGAUUUUGCUACGCACGAUAUUUAUUGGGUGGACUCGAAAUUGGACACUAUCCAAAAAGUUUCUUACACUGGCGGAAACCGAGAGAUUAUCCGUAGGAAUCUUCCAAAUCCGAUGGGCGUCGCCAUCUUCGGUGGUGACGUCUAUUGGGUAGAUAGAAAUUUGGCUACUGUUUUCAAGGCGAGCAAACUGAAGGCGAGCAACAUUAGUCUUCCCACCCCUGUCAGGACGAAUCUCCAAAAGCUCAGGGAUAUCGCUAUCUUUGAUCAAAGCAGUCAACCGCCAGAUCUUACGAAUCCUUGCUCGCAGGUAUUAAACAACGAAUGCUCUCAACUAUGCUUCGCUUUCCCGAAGGAGAAUCCCACAUCAUUUACCUGUGAUUGUGCAGUGGGUAAACUUUCGUCCGAUAAUCACACUUGUGAAAAUGUCGAAGAAUAUUUGGUAUUUGCUACGCGAACUGAGAUUCGCGCUAUUAAUAUCGAUCCGCAUAAUACCAAUAUACCUUUCACGCCCAUCGGAAACUUGACAAAUGUAGUCGGAGUAGACUUUGACUAUCAAGAUAAAAAGCUGCUGUUCACUCAGAUCCGUCCUUGGGCGAAAAUAGCGUGGACACCAUCGGACCGACCAUCUUCUGCCGACUUACACACAUUGAUCAGUAAAGGAAUUAACCCUGAAGGCAUCUCGUAUGAUUGGACUCAGAAGAAAGUAUACUGGACGGAUUCUUCUAAUAAUAGCAUCUACGCGAUGGAUAUUGACGGGUCUAAUUUGGUAAUGAUUGCACGUGUGGAUCGGCCACGAGCUAUCGUUGUCGACCCGUGCAACGGUUCUCUCUAUUUCACGGAUUGGGGUCGUUUCGGGACAUCCGGAAAGAUUUUCAAGGCUACUAUGGCGGGAUCGCUGAAACGUGCUAUUAUUGACAAGGAUCUUUCGCAGCCCAGUGGUCUGGCGAUCGAUUAUGACGAUCGAAUGCUAUAUUGGACCGAUGCUGUGCGUGAGAAGAUCGAACGGUCCGAUCUCGAAGGCAACAACAGAAAAAUUCUUAUCAGCGCUACCAUCUAUCCUUUCGCCAUCACUGUCUUCAGAGAGCACAUAUAUUGGACGGAUCUCCAGCUUCGUGGAGUUUACCGAGCGGAAAAGUACACGGGAGCCGACAAGAUCGAGUUGGUGAAACGACUAGAGGAUUCCCCGCGUGACCUUCACAUUUUUUCUGCGUCCAGGCAACAAUGCACUGUUAAUCCUUGCAAUAUUAAUAAGGGCGGUUGCGACCAGUCUUGUCAUCCGAGCCACAACGGCUCCGCGGAGUGCAAAUGCGACGAUAACAGCAAACUUGUGAACGAGGACAGAAUGUGCGUACCAAAGAAUGUCACUUGCGACCCCAACAAAUUUUCUUGCAGGAAUGGUAGAUGCAUCUCCAGAAUGUGGGCAUGCGACGGUGACGACGACUGCGGCGAUGGUUCCGAUGAGAACACCAGAUACUGCUCUUAUCAUUCGUGCAGCCCGAAUGAAUUCCGCUGCAACAACGGCCGAUGCAUCUUCAAAACGUGGAAGUGCGAUCACGAAAAUGACUGUCGUGAUGGUAGCGACGAGGAAGGGUGCGUCUAUCCACCUUGCGCAAUGGGCGAAUUUACCUGCGCCAAUUAUCGUUGCAUACCGCAGUCUCAGGUGUGCAACGGCAUCAACGAUUGUAAGGACAAUUUCACUUCCGAUGAGACACACGAGCGCUGUCCUCGCAACACAACAUGUCCGCUGAAUCAUCUCAAGUGCGAAAAGACGAACAUCUGCGUGGAGCCUUAUUGGCUCUGCGACGGUGAUAACGAUUGCGGUGACAAUAGCGAUGAGAAUCCGAUUCAUUGCGCCCAGAGAACUUGUCCCCAAAACAGCUUCCGAUGUCCCAAUCACAGGUGCAUUCCAGCUACUUGGUAUUGCGAUGGAGAUGAUGAUUGCUUGGACGGAAGCGACGAGCCUCCUGGUUAUUGCCAAUCCGAGGGGAGAACAUGUUUUGGCGAUUUGUUCACCUGUGAUAACGGCAACUGUAUUCCCAGAAUUUACAUCUGCGAUGGAGACAACGAUUGUCUCGAUAAUUCAGAUGAAGAUGAACGUCAUCAAUGCAACGACAGAAAAUGCGACGAAGAAACGGAAUUCACUUGCACGGCGAACAAAAUGUGGAACCGCGCCCAAUGCAUUCCAAAGAAGUGGCUGUGCGACGGAGAUCCGGACUGCGUUGACGGGGCUGAUGAGAACGUGACUAUACAUAAUUGUCCAAGUCCACCCACCUGUGGCGAAAAUCAGUUCACCUGCAACAAUGGACGAUGUCUGAAUCGUAAUUGGAUGUGCGAUCAUGAUAAUGAUUGUGGUGACGGUAGCGAUGAGGGCAAGAUGUGUAACUCUCAUUAUAAAUCCUGCAUUAACAACCAAGAGUUUACUUGUCAAAACUUUAAAUGCAUACGCAAGCAAUUCCGCUGCGACGGCCAGGAUGAUUGCGGCGAUUAUUCGGACGAAGUCGGAUGUCCAUCUAGAACAAAGAAUACAACGUGUCCGAAUCCCAAGGAUUUCAUGUGUGCAAACGGUAAUUGUAUCGACUCGCAACUGGUAUGCAACAAGGUAUCAGACUGCGCCGACGAUAGUGACGAGCCGCUGCACUGCAACGUGGACGAGUGCGCUCAUAUCGAGAUGAAUCAGUGCGGACAUAAAUGUGUCGACACCCCGACCAGCUUCUACUGCGAAUGCAAUCCUGGUUACAAACUGUUGGCCGAUGGCAAGGCCUGCGACGACAUCGACGAAUGCAUUGAAACGCCUCAAGUGUGCAGCCAACAGUGCGAGAAUACGCCUGGCGGAUAUUACUGCAAAUGCAAUGAGCGUUGGUAUGAAAGAGAAGCCGACGAGCAUACGUGCAAGCGCAGAGACAACAUUCAACCGUGGGUCGUAUUCACGAAUAAAUAUUACGUUAGAAAUAUGUCGGUCGACGCGUCCAAUUAUAGCCUGAUGCAUCAAGAUCUGGUUAACGUCGUUGCCCUGGAUGCGGAUUACGCUCAGCAGAUGUUGUAUUUCUGUGAUGUUACCGCGAAAACAAUAUAUAGAGCACCGGUGAAUGGCGGCGAAAGAGAACCCAUCAUCCGUCAUGAUAGUUUGGGUCUAGAAGGCAUCGCUAUCGAUUGGAUUGGUCGAAAAUUGUAUUGGCUGGAUCGUCAUGCGAAGCAUCUGGAUGUUGCUGAACUCGACGGCACUAAUAGGAAGACUUUACAGACUGGAAUAGCGGAUCCGCGCGCGAUUGCGAUUCACCCUGGCACUGGAUACUUGUACUUUACGUCCUGGCAUCUUCAGGCUUAUAUCGGUAAGAUGGGCAUGGAUGGUAGCAAUUUUACUCGAAUUCUAACAUGGGAGGACGACAUCGCUUGGCCGAACGCGUUGACAAUCGAUUACUUCACCGAUCGUAUCUUCUGGGCGGACGCACAUCUGGAUUACAUCGCUUUUGCUGAUCUCGAGGGUCACAAUCGACGGAUCGUUCUCUCUGGCUCUUCGGUGCCGCAUGUGUUUGCCAUCACCGUGUUCGACGACUUUAUUUACUGGACCGAUUGGAAUCUAAAAGCGAUUAGCAAGGCGGAAAAGUUCUCCGGUGAUCGUUUGAAGAUGCUGCGCAACACUACGCAUCGACCCUACGAUAUCCACAUCUAUCAUCCGCUUCGACAGUUGCCCUACAAUAAUCCUUGCGCCCAGAAUAACGGUGGUUGCUCGCAUCUCUGUCUUAUUGCACCACCCGCUAGUUCGUACCUGCUCGAAGGAUACGGCCAGCCUGGUGUCACCACUUACAAAUGCAAAUGUCCAAAUCAAUUCAUCUUGGAUAAGGAUGGCAAGACGUGUAUAGCGAACUGCACCGCAGGCCAGCAUCGCUGCGGAUUACCCGACGAGAAGUGUAUUCCUUGGUAUUGGAGAUGCGACGGAGAAAAGGAUUGCAAGGACGGUUCCGACGAGUCGACGAGUUGUCCGCCGAGAAACUGUCGAUCGGGCAUGUUCCAAUGCACGAACGGAAAUUGUACGCCGAGCGUGACAAUCUGCGACGGAGUCGACGACUGCGGUGACAGGAGUGACGAAGCCAAAUGCGCGCUCGAAUGCGGAGAACUCGAGUUCAAGUGCAAGUCCAACGGUCGUUGCAUACAUGACUCGUGGAAAUGCGAUGGAGACGCCGAUUGUAAAGACGGCAGCGACGAGGAUUCUCUUACUUGUAAAAAAGAAAACUGCGAUGCGAGUACCGAGUUUAGUUGUAAGAACGGCAAGUGCAUUCCCAAACUAUGGAUGUGCGAUUCUGACAAUGACUGCGGGGAUGAUAGCGACGAGCCAGCGUACAUGUGUCGUCAGAAGAAUUGCACGACCGGAUGGCAGCGUUGUCCGGGACACGCAAAUUACCGGUGCAUUCCAAAAUGGCUGUUCUGCGACGGCAAGGAUGACUGUCGCGACGGUUCCGACGAGCGUCCGGAAAACUGUCCAAAGUGCGACCCCGAUAUGGACUUCAAAUGCACCAAUAAUCGGUGUGUGCCGAAGCAGUGGCUCUGCGAUUUCGCGGAUGAUUGCGGAGACGGCAGCGACGAGGCGGAAGUGAUGUGCAAGAACAAGUAUCGCGAGUGCUCCGAAUCGGAAUUCAAAUGUAAAAACGGCAAGUGCAUAGCGUCCAGAUGGAGAUGCGAUAGCGAAGACGAUUGCGGUGACAAUAGUGACGAGCAGGAAUGUCAUCGAUGGGUGUGCAAGCAUGAGAGCUUCCAAUGUACCAGCGGCCAUUGCAUCGCGUCGUAUCUUCGUUGCGAUGGAGCGCGAGAUUGUCGCGACAUGAGCGACGAACUUGGUUGCCCGCCCAGAUAUCCCGGAGGAAAAUAUUGUCCACAAUCCCGAUUCGAGUGUAACAAUCGUCUCUGCGUCUCGCUCACCGACAUCUGCGACGGUACCGACGACUGCGGCGACAAUUCCGAUGAGAAUCCAAGCAUGUGUGCGAAUUUCGAGUGUGACACGCACAGACGAUUCCAGUGUGCCAAUCACAAGUGUAUCGCCAGGUACCAGCUAUGCGAUGGAAUCGACAACUGUGGAGAUGCUUCUGACGAGAACAACAUGACGAUGUGUGUCAAGCACACUCGUCCGUGCGAUCCGAUCUCGGAGUACACCUGUGCGAAUAAGAAAUGCAUCGCUCGUACAAGACUCUGCGAUCUCGCGGAUGAUUGCGGCGACUUGUCGGAUGAAUUGGGAUGUCAUCAUACUCAUCACUGUUCGAUGAACGAUCGUGGCGGUUGCGCGCAUGAGUGCCACAAUAUUACGAAUGGCGGUUAUAUCUGUGCCUGUUAUCCUGGUUACAUAAUUUCACCCGAUAAUCGAAAACACUGCGUGGACGUCGAUGAAUGUCAGACCGAUCAACAUCAAUGCUCUCAUAUCUGUACCAAUCUGAAUGGCUCGUACACCUGCUCUUGCCGGCAAGGUUUCCAAUUGUCGGACAGACAUAGUGGUGUGUGUCGCGUCGAAGAUGAUAAUAUUGUCGUGCUGUUCGCCAACGGACCCGAACUUAGAGCCUACGACUUGCGUGCCAGAGAAGAGAUGGAUGUGAUAGAUAAUGAAAAGAGAGUGCAAGCCAUCGAUUUCGACCCCAGAUCGGAAUUUGUUUUCUGGAUUGAUUCGUACGACAACACUAUUAAGCGAUCCUAUAUGAUAAACGCCAAAGAAGGCCAGGCAAAAAUUGGACACGCGCAGGAUCUCAACAUGAAAAUUGAUUCCAAACCAACGAAUUUGGCAGUCGAUUGGAUCUCUGGUAAUCUGUACUGGAGCGAGGUUGACCAAACAGUCGUUCCUUCUCAAGGUCGGAUCAUGAUGUCCAAAUCGGAUGGCCGAUAUCGACGUAUGAUAGUCACAACAAACCUCGAGCAACCAACAUCGGUAGUCGUGGAUCCCGAGCGAGGCGAACUUGUAUGGGCUGAUGCGGGUACUCAGCCAAAGAUCGAAAUAGCUUGGAUGGACGGCGAUAGGCGCAAAUUGCUCGUGAUUGAACGAAUCGCCAGUCCUUCGGCACUUACCAUCGAUUACGCUAUGGAACACACGCUUUAUUGGUCGGACGUCAAGCUGGAUACUAUCGAGGCGAUCAAUUUGUCCGGUACCAACAGAAGAAUCGUCCUGAGAAUUGGAGCACCGCGAAUUGGAAUAUUUAGGCAUCCGGUGGCAUUGGACGUUUUUGAGAAUAAUCUCUAUUGGGUUACCAAACAAACGGGUGAGCUCGUUCGACAAGAUAAAUUCGGCAGAGGAGUCCCGCAUACUAUCAUCAAGAAUAUCCCUAGUCCCAGUGGUCUCAGAGUCUAUCAUCAACUAAGAUACAAUACCAGUCUAAGAGAUCCUUGUCACAAUGACCAGUGCAGUCAUCUCUGCGUAACGAUUCCGGGCGGCCACCGCUGUCUCUGCUCGGGCAACUCCGAUCCUCUUCAGCAUCUGGUCAGGGAUAACGAGAGGCAUUGCGAUGCCACCAAUGAGAGACCCUUGCCAGCGCCCAUCGUAUGUCGUUGCCAGAAUGGCGGACGGUGUGAGGAGGAAGAAGAUAAGCUGGCUUGCAAUUGCCGGGAAGAAUUUCAUGGUGAAUUUUGCGAGAUGGCGGCGGUCGCCGCCAGAGCAGGCGGAUCCACUGCUGCUGUAGUUAUUCCCAUAGUCAUAUGCUUGCUGAUAUUGUUCUGCGCUGCCGCGAUCUUCAUGGUUCUCAAGAAGCGACCAUUCAGCAAACCUGGUGGCCUCGGUAGUCUUACGGGCGCUCAAAGUGUUUCCUUCCGUCAAGGCAGUAAUGUGGAGUUUGGCGAAGCUGCUCACGAAAGGAUGGAGCCCCUCGACGUAGAGUAUAAUUUGAACGAUGUUGCUCAUAAGAAUCGAGACUUCAGCAAUCCGAUGUACGACGCGGUGAAUAUGGAGAGCGGCACCACAAAUGGUACCAGUGUUGGCAACAUGUACGAAGCACCAGCAGAGAUGAAACCCUCGAGCAUGCAGCACAAAGAGCCCCCGCAGUUGAAUCUAAAGAGGAGAGAACUGGACCCGACGCCCAUCGACUCGGGCAAGGACACCCAGCAGCUGGUCGAGGAGGACAAGUCCGAGUGCUAGGAUUAAUUGUUUUCUAUUGUGCUUCUCGAACUUGAACGCAGAUCAACGUGUUUGACGACUGCGAAGAAUAUAUACAUAGGGACAAAAAAAUUAAAUUAGUUUACCACUUCUAAAUAGUGCGAAUAACUUGCAGCUGCUCGUACGUUAUUUAUUAAGUUCACUGAGACGUUUUUGACAUGAUGUGCGACGAUUCAAUUCAAGUUCUAUCCAGUCUUAUCCAGAAAUCCUCGUAUAUGAAAAUAUCGAGAUCUCUAGAACAUCAAGAGGUUACAUAUUGUCAUGGAUAUAGGUUCUUAGAUUCACGAAUUUAUAAAAGUUAGACUUGUGUAGAAAAUUCUUAAAUAUUGUUGAUUUUUACAAUUAAAAUUUUAUGUUCGUUUUACAAUUCUUCUCUUUUAAGACUCUCGAGAAUGUGGUUUUUACAAAAAUUCACAAGUCUAUAAUUUUGCACAUCCUUGCAUCAAAGAACCUUACAUAGGUGUUCAACUUCCCAGCUCCUCAGAUCUAAGAAUCUUUGACCGUAAGUUCUUAUCUCUAGAUCCUUUAUACCAGGAAUUGUGAACUGGCUUUAGGAUCUUGAAAUUUUCCAAGAAUAUAGAAUGACAAACGACAAUGGCUGCAAAUCGACAGUAUCGAUUUUGCGAGGACAGUAGGGCGAAAGCGAAUUGCAAUAGGCACAAACGUGUCAUUUUUUACUAGGUGUGUGAUUUGUAAGUUUUGUAAAUAUUAUUGCUAAUAAUAAAGUAUAACGCGUUUAUGUUAUCUGUGUACCAUACAAAACGCAACACAUUCCACUCUAUUUCGAGGUUGCUGCUGGCAAAGUGUAACGAUAACGCGGAAUACAUUUUUUCAAUAAUUAGGAUGUGUAUGUACAUGUGCGUGCACGCGAACGGUGCUCGAAUUGAUGAUACAUUCGAUUUUUCGAUAAUCUCCCGGAACAUCUACUAUAAAAUAUUUACUUUGCUUUUUGAUAUUUUAUCUUAUCUGUAUUAUAAAACGCAACAGUAAAAGUAUAAUGGUGGAAGCAAAAUAAUUUGUUUUCAAUUUUAUUUGAAAAAAAAAUAUUCAAUUUAAAAACAAUAGCUUAAUAUUUGUAAAAUAUUACAAUUUAAUUCAAGUGUGUUAUAUAUUUGUUUUAACCAUACAAUUCGAGCACUUGAUACAUGCGUUGAAAUUAAUUCUCAACUACAAAUACAGUCAAAGAUUCGAUUUUUUUCGAUAGAAGAAUAUCUAUAAAGCUAGAAAGUAUUCUUCUAUUUUCUAAUAGUUGCGUUAUUAUAUUGAUCAUGUUUCUCUUUACGUGACAUAAAAAAGAGUAAUGAAAUCUUUAAUUAAAAUUUAAUUCAUUAUUUUCACAAAUACUUUUUGCAACUAAUUAUAUUAAUUAAAGUUUAUUCUUCUCAGAGAAAGAUGAUUACUGUAACGAUUGCAAUAUUCAUAUUGAAUUAUAAUAGUUAAGUGUUAAUGAUACGCGCAUGUUUGUUCAAAGAGCUGUAUUUUUAGGGCGAUAUUUCGAAAGGGCGUGGUGUUAUGUAGUUUUUUAUGUUGAAAAAUGGCCUUCCGUGUUAUAGUAAAUAAAAGCGUGUAAUACCGCGGAUGCGGAAUAGAUAUUUUCCGCAUGAACGUUAUUAAAUGUUAUCCUUGUGGAUGUUAUUGCAAAGAACCAUCGAUUUUAUGACAGGAAAAAAAAUAUCUCACGGUGAAUACAUGUUCGAUAUAUGCACUCGGUCAUAAUUGUACAUUGCUCUAGAUUAUGCGAGGUGCUCUUUCCACAAAAGAUGACUGAAUUAAAAGGAAUCUUCGAAAAUUGACUGAAUUCUGCGAAGUCAAAUCGUCUUCUAAGAAAUCAGAGAAUCAUUUCAAUAUUUUUUAACAUAAAGUCCUAAUUAAAAUUAGUACCAUUUGUCAUUUUCAUAUUUUUUUAUAAAAUUGGAAAAAGUAACAUAACGAUAGGAAUUAGAAAUGAAAUGGCCUUCAUCUAUUUAAUUAAAAAUUUUAUAAAAAUGAAAUAUCACAUAUGUCGAUUAUUUCAAAUUCACAGUUGAAAGAGAUAAUUAAUAUGGAACGAAUGUUCUUUUUUCCUUUUAAUGCAUUUAAUCUUUUGCACGGUCAGUAAGCAUAAUUCUUCUUCCGCACAAAUCACAAUAUUGCAAUUAUUGUCUCCUGAUAUUUUCAAAUGUUAGGUUCUAAAAAUUACAUUCUCUUUGAUCUUAUGUUAAAGUUGUUUAGAUUGUCUCUUAUUAUUUUAAAACUUGGAACAGUCUUUUAUAAUUCUUGUAAAUAUCGGAUAAUCGAAACGCAUUUUUUGAAAAAAAUGCUUUUAUUAAAUAAUACAAUUGUAUAGAAUACGAUUAAUUUAUGUAAAUUGAGAUAUCGAUUUAUGUAAAUUGAGAUCUGUCCAUAUAAGAGCACGUUGUAUACGCAUGCUUCGAAAGGGAGGAGAAUUAUCGAUACUGACUUAUCCUCCAAAAUUAUUAUACAUAAAAGUAUAUAUAAAUAAAUAAAUAUAUAUGUAUUUUUUGUUGCAAUCGACUUUGACCUGGGCAGGGUUCCAGAGAGUGUCCUAAUAUUAUUAUAAUAUAUCAGUAUUUUUCUGUAUUUUUUUAUCAAGUUGAUAAAAUAAUAAUUGUUAAUAUAUUGUGCAAAUAUCAAAUAGAUACCGUCCAAGAAUAA